GAGGCCGCCGGAAACAAAACCCGACUCCAGUCAAAGCAAGUUGUUAAACCGAGGCUACGUCUCGCUAACCCCGGCUUCUUUUUUCACUUUUGAUUAGAAAUACACUCGAUUCCGACUGUGAAGGUUUCGAAGUGAAGAUGGGGGUUCCGAAAUUUUACCGAUGGAUCUCGGAGCGCUACCCGUGUCUCAGUGAAGUUGUCAAGGAACAUCAGAUCCCAGAGUUUGAUAAUCUCUAUCUGGACAUGAAUGGGAUUAUCCACCAGUGUUCCCACCCAAACGACGAGGAUGUUCACUUUCGCAUUUCUGAGGAAAAGAUUUUUGCAGACAUCUUCCACUACCUGGAGGUGCUGUUCAGGAUCAUCAAGCCUCGCAAGGUCUUCUUCAUGGCUGUGGAUGGUGUGGCACCAAGGGCAAAGAUGAACCAGCAGAGAGGGAGGAGAUUCAGGUCUGCCAAAGAAGCAGAAGAUAAGAUAAAAAAGGCCCUGGACAAAGGAGAGGUCCUUCCUACAGAGGCUCGCUUCGAUUCCAACUGUAUCACUCCUGGUACUGAAUUCAUGGCGAGACUUCAGGAGCAGCUCAAAUAUUUUGUCCACAACAAACUCUCCACUGACAGACUGUGGCAAAAUGUCAGAGUUUACUUGUCUGGUCACGAGACACCAGGGGAAGGAGAACAUAAAAUCAUGGAGUUUAUUCGCUCGGAGAACUCAAAGCCGAGUCAUGACCCCAACACCCGUCACUGCCUAUAUGGCCUGGAUGCCGACCUGAUAAUGUUGGGUUUAACCAGCCAUGAGCCAAACUUCUCCCUGCUCAGAGAAGAAGUCCGCUUCGGAGGAAAGAAAUCUCAGAAAAGGAUAACAGCUCCAGAGGAGACAACAUUUCACUUACUUCACUUGUCACUGAUGAGGGAGUACAUCGACUAUGAGUUCUCUCCGCUCAGGAAUCACAUUGGUUCUGAUUAUGAUUUGGAGCGAAUAAUAGACGACUGGAUCCUAAUGGGCUUCCUUGUGGGAAACGAUUUCAUCCCUCAUCUCCCUCAUUUGCACAUCAGCCAUGAUGCUCUGCCACUGUUGUACAAGACCUACAUCAGUGUACUACCCAGUGUGGGGGGUUAUCUGAAUGAGAACGGCCAUCUUAACCUCAGAAACUUUGAGAAGUACAUGGAGAAGCUUGCAGAGUUUGACCGGGAACAUUUUAGCGAAGUGUUUGUUGACUUGAAGUGGUUCGAGAGUAAAGUCGGUAACAAGUACUUGAAUGAGGCGGCGGGACGAGCAGCAGAGAAGGAAGCUGCUUGCAAACGUACUAACAAGACUAAGGAUUCUUCCCUCUGCCUGGCAGCUCUGACCUCAUCAGAUGGAGUAACCGGAGGAGGAAAGAUGGCUGACGACGAAGAAGAGGAGGAAGACAUGUUUGAAACCGAGUUCAGACAAUACAAACGCACCUACUAUAUGACCAAGAUGGGCGUGGACGUCGUGUCUGACGAGUUUCUUGCCAAGCAGGCCAAGUGUUACGUGGAAGGCAUCCAGUGGAUUCUUCAUUAUUAUUACCACGGAGUUCAAUCCUGGAGCUGGUACUACCCCUACCACUACGCACCCUUCCUAUCUGACAUCAGGAAUAUCGCUCACCUAAAAUUAACAUUCGACCUUGGAAAACCCUUCAUGCCCUUUGAGCAGCUUUUGGGAGUCCUGCCUGCUGCCAGUGCGGAGCUGCUGCCUCAGGCUUACAGGCACCUGAUGACCAGUGAAAAUUCGACCAUCAUUGAGUACUACCCAGUUGACUUCAAAACAGACCUGAAUGGCAAACAGCAGGAGUGGGAGGCUGUGGUGCUCAUCCCCUUCAUAGAUGAGCGGUGUUUACUAGCAGCCAUGGAGCCCUGUGUUUACAAACUGACUAAAGAGGAAAAAUCCAGAAAUCGACACACGGAGUGUGCCGUCUACUCCUACGAUGGUGAGGCCGACUUCACAUACACGUCGUUGCUGCCUCAGCUGUUCCCCGACAUCAACCACUGCCACGUCAGGUUUACAGACAUCCCCAUGGACGCCUGGGUGGUGCCUUUGGACCAUGUCAGCAGGAGACUGGACCGUUCAGCUCUGUACUUCUGUGGCUUCCCUUCUCUGCAACACAUCAAGCACAAGUUUUAUAAGAAGAAGAGUGGCGUGGUCGUGUUCCAGCAGAGCAGCAGAGGAGAGAACAUGAUGCUGGAGAUCCUUUCCCGAGAUGAAGAAGAGAUGAUAUGUGAUGACGUCGCUGCACAAGUGCUGGGCAAGUCCGUGUUCGUGAACUGGCCUCAUCUAGAGGAAGCUCGCAUCAUUGCAGUGUCAGACGGAGACACCAAGUUUUAUCUCCAGGAACCAGCGGGCGUCCAGAAAGUGUACGACAGGCCGACGUCUCCCCCUCCCACCAAAGUCACCUGUCUGUCUGACAAGGAGCAGAAGGAUUGGGUGAAAGAUGUCCAGGGAAUCACUGAACAUUACGUGAAAAGGAAAGGCAUCUUGGUGAAUGAGACGUCAGUGGUUUUGUACGGCCAGCUGCUGACAGGAAGGAAGUUUGUCCCCAAAGCCAAUGGAGCCGUGGAACUCGAGAAGCAGUGGUCCAAACAAGUUCUCCCUUUUGCCCUCCAGACCAUCGUCAAGGACAUCAAGGCCUUCUUCUCUGCACUGACCUGUUUUAAGAGCUUAGACGACCUCUUUCCCCAAGCAACUACGGUCUUCAUGGUGGGAAACCCGUAUUACGGUGCCAUGGGAGAGGUGCAGGAUUCCAGCGACGUCAUUAAAGACGGCCGAAUACGUGUCGUCUUCAACGUGCCGCACGAGCCGCAGAUGGAGUCCCUGAUCCAGAAUCAGCAUAAAUACUGUGUGAGGUACAGUCCUGGUUACAUUCUGGCGUCUCAUCUCGGCGUCACCAGCUACCUCGUCUCCCGCUUCUCUGGAAGCAUCUUCAUCGGCAGAGGCUCUAAGAAGAAUCCCUGUGGGGAGCAAAAGGCCAACGUUGGCUUGAACCUAAAGUUCAACAAGAAGAAUGAGGAGGUUCCUGGAUACACCAAGAGGACUGAAAAGGAGUGGCUCUACUCUUCUGCUGUGGAGGAACUGCUGGCUGAAUACCUGGAGAGAUUUUCUGAGGUUUUCAACACAGUGGCCAGAAACAGCCACGAUGAUGUUUUCUAUGAAGAUGACAUCUGGCCUGAAGAGGACCAGAAUGGGGCAGAGAAAAUCUCUGAAAUCACGUCAUGGCUGAGAAGUCACCCAGUCAGCUCCAUCAGUAGAACGUCAUGUGAUCUACAGGUGCUGGACACCGCCAUUGUGGAAAAAAUUGAGGAGGCAGUGGAGAAAACUAAGGUGAAGAAGAACACCAAGAAGGUCCGCGUGACCGUUAAGCCUCAUCUGCUCUUCAGGCCGUUGGAGCAGCAGCAGGGUGUGGUUCCAGACCCGGAUGCAGAAUAUCGCCUGUUCGACAGAGUCGUCAAUGUCAGGGAGGGUUUCUCAGUCCCACUGGGACUCAGGGGAACCGUCGUCGGCAUCAAAGGAGCCGACCGUGAGGCAGAGGUUCUAUAUGAGGUCCUGUUUGAUGAUGAUUUUGCUGGUGGUCUCAGCAUCAGGUGUCCGUCACCACGUGGUUACCGCCUGCCUCCGUGCGCUCUCAUCAAUCUCUCCCACGGAGCCCGAGCGGAUCACACCUCCCGCAAACUCACCGCCAUCGUCAAACCUCAGCCCGUUGCUGGCGCCAACUUCCACUCACACCGCCAGCUGGCCGGCCUCAACCAUUCACCACGCUCACCUUUCAUACCCACACAGCAUAACAACAAACAUGGCAACAGAAACUCUCCCUCUAAGGGUCCCAUCCUGAAACAACAGGCCAAGAGUAAAGAGGAGUAUGGUAAUGCGUGGCAGACGCUACAGAAUGUGGGCCCUCCCAACAAACCUCCUGCUCACUGGCAAAAUCAGGACGGAUACUCGCAGCCAGGGAAGAACCAGCACACACCAUCCAACAAAGCUGCUCCAGUUAGCGGCAUCAGGCUGUUGAAGAAAACCGAAAAUGCAGAGGCCCUUUUCCCAGCACACAACACGCCCACUAAGGCUUCGACUGAGUUUGAGGAUCUCAUUGCCAGCCUUAACAUCUCUAAAGGGAGCCAGCAAACCCCACCUCUUCCUGUUCCUCCACAGGCACCCACCAGCGAGUCCGACGGACCACUGUCUCCACAGUCCUUCGCCAUGAAGGGAACCAUGGUGCUAAAGGAGAUGCUUAAGAUUGACAGUUCCAGCCCAGGAAGUCCACCUGUCCAGGACACGGCCAACUCCACCCCCUCUGGAGGUCAGCAGCAGAACAGGAGACGAUCGUCCAAGAAACUAGCGGCAAAGAUGAACUCGCCACACGGCGACAUGCCAUUAGCUCCGCCUGCGUCUGCUCCACCCACCAACCUCCCCAACGCUUUGCUGAACAAUAAAGUGUCAGAGCUGGCUUGUGUCUGUGUGGGCUUAGGCAUGGCACCACCCGACUUCAGCUCUAUACGCAACAGACAGGGGCUCGUCGUGUGUCAGGUGAAGCUGUCCAAUGGGUUGAUGGUUCACGGACCACAGUGCCAGUCUGAAAACGAUGCCAAGGAAAAAGCUGCUUUCUUUGCCCUUCAGAGACUGAACUCAGUUGGAUCGGGCUUCCCGCUCCCACCUCCUCUAUACCCAGGGAUGGGUCACAUACGACCUCCACCAAUGGGAGCCAUGACUCGGGUCUUUAACCAACAAGGAGGUUUACUGUUGCCUCACCAGGGUUACGGUCCUCCCCCCAUGUGGGGAAUGCCGCUGCCUCCGCAUCACCAGAACCAACCGUUUUUUGGAGCGGCGGGAACUUUCCCCGGCGCCGCCCGCCCCCAGCCUGCAGCGACGACUGUGCCCAUCGGCUCACAUAACCAGUUCAUCCCCUUACAGGUCACUAAGAAGCGAGUCUCGGCCAACAAGAAGAACCAGGAAACUCGGGAGUUCUACAGCGCCGCCCACACCGUGGCCAGGAACCAAUCACAGAAAGGCCAGAACCAGCCGUCUGGCCAGUCACAUGUUCAGAGUGAGCCACAGAGCGGGCAAGUGGAGCAGCCGCACCCUCACGCUGCCAACAGCAACGCCUCCCUGUCCUCCACCAGCCUCGCCGACGGAGCCAUGACGACAGCGGCCCCGCAGACGCCACCCAGACAAAACGUCCCGGCAACGGGCCACACCCCUGGCUCCGCCUCCAAGAGGAGACACAGGAAACUGGCGGUCAACUUUGAGGCUGCUAAAGUCUCCGAAGGCUGAGUGUGUGUGUGUGUGUGUGUGUGUGUGUGUGGAAGUGGAAGUGGACUCAGCUGCUCUGAUCAAAUGUGAACGUUUGUUUUCGCUCAGCAUCUCAGCCGAAAAACCACUCAAACACUCAAACUCAGCUGUUGUUCUUCUGAACGCCCUCUGAAGUGUUGCUUUCUUAAGCUCACGGUGUGGUCACUGUGAGUGUACAAGUUGCUUAAAGGGAUAGUUUGGUGUUUUUGGAUCCGGCCUUGUAUCCGGACGCUCUCCUGGUGUCGUUCAGCAUGUGUGAAAAGGAAUUUUACAAUUUUUGUCUAAAAAUGACUUUAAGUAUCCAUUCAAUGAUUAACUCAAUUAUUUAACAUUAUAAAUCAUGGGUUUACACAAACAUAAUUUCCUGUUUUACUGUGUAAACACAAGUGAAAGAAAAUACAAGUUUGAGAAAACCUGCACCAAACUCCAUAGAGAAAAUCGUGAUUUUACAUCCUGGCACACAGGAGUUGUUGAUCCGCCCUCUUCAGUUUGUUCACAUGUGUUUAUCUUGUAGUUUUAUUAUUUGAACGUCUGUGUUUCGAGUCACCUCAUUGACACAAAGUGACCACAGAGUGAGUGCAGCAGUGAACCAGCAGCUCCUGUGUCCCCCGCAGGCUAAAGACACUGAUUUUCUCCAUGGACUUUGGUGCAGGACGGAGAGCGUUUUUACAAACCUCAGUUUCCUGCAGGAAAAGUAAAUCGAAUCUUUUUGUUAAGUGGCUGAAAAUCUGUUUUACCUUUUGACGCCGUAGGCAGCCAUGUUUUCAGUGAUUGUCCGGUUCACACUUUAACCCAAACUAUCCCUUUAAUUCAGAGGUCUCAAACUUGGGACACAUGCGCGCCCCUUAAUCGAUGUCCUGUCCGUUUUUGUUAAUUGUAGUUUAAUUUUUGCAUCAUAAAUACAUUUUUAUCGUCGUUCCAACACUUUUAUUGUGAAAUUCUGUGGAAUGUCGUCUUAAAUAUCGUUGUUGAGAUUACAAAUUGGAUUAUCGUGACAUGAUUUUAAGCUCAGAUCGUCCAUCUCUACUGAACUCUUGUUUUUUUUUUUUUUGGCCCCUCCUGACCAGACUAGCCUUUCAUUGGCUCCCUCCCCCCCAGGUCACCAGAGUUUGAGACCCCUGCUCUAUCACCUUUCCAAAAAAUAUUCUGUUGUCUCUGUUUGACUCCGCCUCCAUGCAACCACACCCGCCCACACGUUCUGCCUCUAUUUCCCACUCUUUCUUCACCCUGUUGUUUUGUCCUGGCAACACACUUUCUUAGAUGCAUCCUCCUCUUGUUUCACACGCUGUGCCCUUCUAAGAAGUUUUUAGGGGACAAAAAAAAACCUCACAGAUCAAACUGAGAUCACGGUUCUCAGGGACAAGUAGCUGUAGCAGAAGUUACACAUUCUAAAUGAUUUACUUUUAAUGUAUUUUUUAUUUAGAAAACUUGUGUUUUACCCUUUAAAAAAAAAAAAACAAUAAUUAGGGAAACAACGCAGCUUCUGUCGCGGCUACAUUUGUACUUGUACCACUUACAUCUGGGGUUUUGGUGCGUUCCACGACAGCAGAAAUCAGAUCAUAAGAUGGCUGCCGCUCAUGUCAGUCAUAAAAAACACUUUAUUUCCUUUAUUUUUUUUCACAUUUAAUCAGUCGUACACACAGUUUACACACAAAUACAGUCUAAAGGGCCGUUACUGCAAAUGGAACGCACCAUGAAUAAUUCAGUCAUUCACCCCCCCCCCCAAAUUGUGCUUAUUACUCUUUUAUCACUGAGUUUCACAGCCUUUUAUUUCUCCGCUGACAUUUUUUUUACUCCUUGUUGCCUUUUUAUACUUUCUCGUGGACUGUGAGCGAUGCAUCUAAAGUUUAAAAAAUGCACUGAAUGCACGGCAGAAAAACCCUUAUCUUUAAACUCACACACACACUCACGUUGUUCCCUGCUGAGCCGUUUCACACCAGCAGAUAAACCGGGACUUGACCUCGCAACGAUUUUUGAUUUGAUUUCUUUUUGUAAAGCGGACCAUGUGAAAGUCGUUUCAUUUUAGUGUUGUGGUCUACAGUACUCAUUUGAAUAUUUUGUAAAAAAAAAAAAACUUUUCUGUUUUUAAUUGAAUGGUGCCAGAAGAUUUUUGGCUGAUUUUACACAGGUGCAAUUAUCUUUUUUUUCCUUCUUCCUCUACGAUUAAAAACAUGUUAAUAACAGUAAUAACAAUCUUAAUAAUUUCUGGUUUUAAAUGCAAAAAAGCAACCAUAAAUGAGAUUUUAUUGAUUGUGUGGAGUUUGUAUUGUCAAAUAUUUUCAUUUCAGUCAAAAAAAGUGGUGAUUUUCAACAAAGACGUGACUUAAUGGCAUAAUUGGUGAAAAUGUUGUUUUGUAUCCGUGUAAAAGAAGCCAAAGAGCAAUCACACUCUUCCGAAAAGUCUCUGAGAUGCUUCUGUAUAUUAAACUUUGGAACAUUUA